AUGGAGACUCGCACGUCGCCCGACCAGCACGACAUGUUCUGCUUCCAAUGCGAGCAAACCAAGGAUGGCAAGGGUUGCAUGUCCGUCGGUGUGUGCGGCAAGGACCCUGAAACAGCAGCCCUGCAAGACCUUCUCAUUCAUGCAUUGAAAGGAGUGGCGCGUUUCGCCGUGCGGAUUCGCGCGUUGGGGAAACCGGUUGGCGCCGACACUGACUUCUUCGUGCAGGACGCCAUCUUCGCGACGCUCACCAACGUCAAUUUCGACGCGGAGGCCAUUCAGAAAUACACCAUGGAGGCCGUCCGCGUCCGCGACGACCUCAGGACCAAGCUUGCCCAGGCAGGCGGCGACCUGUCGGACCCCGCGCUGGCGUCGCACGAAGCGACGUUCCAGCCCGCACUGGCGCUGCCGGACCUGGUGGAGCAGGGCCAUGCGGUGGGCGUGGAGGCGAGGGCAGCGGGGUGGGACAAGGACAUCUUCAGCCUGCAGGAGCUGCUCACGUACGGCGUCAAGGGCACGGCGGCUUACUCCGCGCACGCCUUCGCCGUCGGACAGCACGACCCGCUGAUCGCGGACUUCAUCUACGAGGCCUUCGACUACAUCUCGCGGCCCGCGAACGAGCAGACGGCGGACGCGCUCCUGGCGAUGUGCUUGAAGUGCGGCGAGGUGAACCUGCGCGCCAUGGAGAUCCUCAACACCGGCCACAAGGGCAGCUUCGGCACGCCCGAGCCGUCGGUGGUGCGCACGUCGGCCGUGGCGGGCAAGUGCAUCCUGGUGUCGGGUCACGACAUCAAGGACUUGUACGAGCUGCUCAAGGCGACAGAGGGCACGGGGGUCAACGUGUACACGCACGGCGAGCUGCUGCCCGCGCACGGGUACCCCGAGCUGAAGCGGUUCAAGCACCUGAUUGGCAACUACGGUGGCGCGUGGCAGCUGCAGAAGCUGGAGUUUGCCAUGUUCCCCGGACCCAUCGUGGUGACCACCAACUGCCUGCUGGAGCCUAAACCCAGCUAUGCCGACCGCAUCUACGCGCUCAAUGCCGUGGGGCACAAGAAGGUACAGCACGUGGAGGAGCGGCGGUUCGACCCCAUCAUCAAGCAGGCGCUGGCCAUGGAGGGCUUCACGCACGAUGAGCCGAUGCGCAGCACCAUGACAGGGUUCGGGCACGACGCCGUGCUGCAGGCCGCCGGUACCGUGGUGGAGGGCAUCAAGGACGGCCGCAUCAACCACAUCUUCCUCAUCGGUGGCUGCGAUGGGCUGGAGGGCGAGCGCUCCUACUACAAGAACCUGGCACUGUCGCUCCCACAGGAGACAGUGGUGUUGACGCUAGGAUGCGGCAAGUAUCGGUUCAUCCACCAGCAGCAGCAGUUUGGCAACAUCACAGGCACAGAGAUCCCUCGCCUGCUGGACGUGGGCCAGUGCAACGAUGCAUACUCCGCCAUCCGCAUCGCUUCUGCGUUGGCCGAGGCAUUCGACACCGAUGUGAACAGUCUGCCCCUCUCGUUGGUCAUCUCGUGGUUCGAGCAGAAGGCUGUAGCUGUCCUCCUCACACUUCUUCAUCUGGGCAUCAAGAACAUCCGCAUUGGUCCAUCGCUGCCAGCCUUUGUCUCACCUAAUGUGCUCCAGAUUCUAGUGGAUAACUAUAACCUCAUGCCUAUUGGGGGUCCAGAGGACGUUCCCAAGGACAUGCAGGCUAUGCUUGGCAACGCAUAG